UUAAUCUGUCACGCUAUGGUCAUCUUUUCUCGCAGCUUCCAGACCGCUGGCCUCUCCUCAUCAGCUACUCUAGAUCUUUCUAAAAAUACCCAGCUGGAUGCAGCCGGGGGUGAGGGCACGUUUUUAAAGCUCCCCGCGGACGACUGUGUCAGUAGGUCUUCUGAGACACAGGUGCUCCACAGCUCUGCUAUGACUGAGAAACAGGUUCCCUUCACACUGCUGCGCCAGUCUAGCUGGGACCCCUUCCACGACUGGCACGGCAGCCGGAUCUUUGACCAGGCGUUUGGAAUGCCAGUCCUGCCCGGGGAGCUCCUCUGCUGGCCGAGCAGCCACUGGCCCGGGUACCUGCAUCCACCGGGCUCCACUGGACUCUUCAGCCUCUUCCCACAAAGCCUGACCCCAGGCAUGCUGGCCCACCAGCUCAGCGGAGGCGUGACCACGAGCCGAGACCAGUGGAAGGUCUGUGUGGAUGUUAAACAGUUUACCCCUGAGGAACUGACCGUCAAGACCAAGGAUGGAAUGGUGGAAAUCAGUGGAAAACACGAGGAGCGCAGAGACGAGCAUGGAUACAUCUCCAGAUGUUUCACCAGGAAAUACGCUCUCCCUCCUGGAGUAGACACUGAGAAGGUCACCUCCUCCCUCUCUCCUGAGGGUGUGCUCACCAUCGAAGCUCCCAUACCUAAACCCGUCAUUCAGGAUGCUGAGAAGUCCAUCCCUGUGCCAAAAAAUGAAUUUAGGAUUUAACCUCUCCAUUGAGCUUCUGAUCAGACUGAGUGAUGAUAGAUUUAUAGAUGAUAAAUUUAAAACUGGCCACUGUUCAGUUAUUGAUAAGUGGUUUCUAGUAGGGAAUUUUUAUGUAAUAAAAGCUAAUAAAUAUGAAA